GCUUGAAAUCCCACUGCUUUCAAUUAAGUCCUUUUUCUGAGAUACUUUUCUCCGCACAUACGCACAAAGCAACUAGUACAAAAGAUGUCAGGUGUGUGGGUUUUCAGGAAUGGUGUCCUUCGACUUGUCGAGAACCCUGGUGACUCUCGUAAGGCGUUAGUCCACGUCCCAAGCAAUGAAGUCAUCACAUCCUAUGCUGUCCUCGAAAGAAAGCUAUCAGCCUUAGGUUGGGAGAGGUACCAUGAUGAUCCUGAACUCCUUCAGUUCCAUAAAAGAUCCACGAUUCACCUCAUCUCCCUUCCCAAAGACUUCAGCAAGUUCAAGUCCAUGCACAUGUAUGAUAUUGUCGUCAAGAAUCGCAACGAAUUCGAAGUUAGAGAUAUGUGAUUUUUAGUCUUUAAGUUAUUAGUCACUUGAGUCUAUCUAUAUUCACUUGGUUUUGGGUGUGGUAAUCUUAGUUUGCUUUCGUUUUCUCUUGGGUGUGGUAAUCUUUAGUUCCUCCACAGUACCUCCAACUGGACAUGUUCCAUUAACUGAGGAUGCUAAUGUAGGAUAGAGGUGUUGUUUCUAUUUGUGUUCAUGUUCUUGUAAAGUUACUCCACAUGUGUGGUAGUAAUGAUUCUGUAAUAUGAGUUGAGAAUAUUGCUGUACUUCA